AUGCAGAGCCACACCAGCCUCAUCCCGUCCGCCCAAGUCUCCCCAAUAGGACCAUACUGCAUUUCCGAAGUCGACGCCGUAUACGGGACCACCGAAAAAAUCGGCACGGCAACCCUAACCUACCCCACCCCCUACGCCCUCAUCUUCGACCGCAUCCACGUGCACCAAACGGGCCGCUGCAGCAACGGCACCAACUUCACCACGUCGGCCUGGUUCAACCAGCCGGCGCCCAUCCCGCUGCCGACGACGGGCACCCCGUACGAGGAGCUGCCGGCCGAAGUGACGUUCCCGAUCCCGGGCUUCGACGAGGCGUUUCACAGCCUGUACCCGGCGCUCGACUACUGCAGCUUCUCGGCCUUCAUGGGGGCGCCGUCGGGAAAGGUCGUCGCUACGCCGACGCAGGCGACUGAGGUCCGUAUGAUGGAGGAGGGGGGGGAGGAGGAGACAUCCUCCGCUUCGUCUCCGUCCGUGUCUCCACCGCCUUCUUCAUCCCCACCCCUGACCUCAUCACCCGCGACGCAAUCCCCAUCCCCAUCAACCAACGCCCCCGCCCUCAGCAGCGCCGCAGCCCAACUCACCUCCCUCGCCUCCCUCAUCCUCUGCGGCCUCGGCGCCAGCUGCCCUGCUCUCUCCAGCCCCACCGGCGCCACCGACAGUUCUGGCCGCACAUACUUCUUCGCGACGCCUUCUGCCUCUGACGCGGCCACGCAGGCCACGCUCGGCCCCAGCAACGCCGUCCCGAUCUACACGGACGCCAACGGCGGCGUCGUGCUGCCGCUGUGGACGACGCUGGGGCAAGACGCAGCGGCGACGGUGGGCGGCGCGGUGGUGAGUGUUGGGACGGGGGGAGAGGUGGUCGUGGAUGGGAAGACGGUGGCGCGGGGGGUGGCGGCGGCGGAGACGAGUGGGGGUGGUGGAAGCGAUCUGAGUGGGCGCAGUACUACGGGCGAUGGUGGGGGGAGCGGGAGCGGGACAGCGGGAGGAGGAGGGGGAGGAGGAGGGGCGGCGGAGGGGACGGGUGGUGGUGGUGGGGGGAGUUCGGGUGCGGCGAUGGUGAGGGGGGAGCGGGGGCAGGGGUGGUGGGUGCUGGAGGGGUGUGUUGGUGCGAGUUUGUUGCUGUUGGUGGUGGUUUUGUAG